AUGGACUACGGCACCAUCGUCAUCUGGGGCAUGACGCUGCAAGAAGAGAAACGCUUCCUGCGCGAGCUGCGUCGGUUCGAAGUCGAGCGUCUGGCCUCGGAAGACGUCGAGUCCGAGGAUCUGCACUGGUACCUCGCCGACUACUCGCGCAUCUACAACGACGUGAUCACGCUGCGUCGCGGGUCGUCGUACAUGACUAAGCUGUCGCUCUCGCACGCGCUCGCGCAGUCGACCAAGAUCUCGUUCUUCGAAGGCAUCAUCGACAACACGAUCGAAUCGACCAAGGACAUUCCGCAAUCCAUCGCCGAGAGCGGCAAGAUCGGCAUGCCCCCCGCCGAGAUCAUGAAGCAGAUCGGCCACCUGUUUAUCCUGCGCAUGAACAUCCACCUCGUCGGAAGCAUCGUCGACUCGCCCGAGAUCUUCUGGCGACAACCGGACCUCGAACCGCUCUACUCGGCGGCAAGGAGCUAUCUCGAGAUCCCGCAGCGCAUCGACCUGCUGAAUACCAGGGUCGAGGUGCUCCAGGACAUGCUGCAGCUGCUCAAGGACCAGGUGACCAGUAGCCACUCGGAGUAUUUGGAGAUCGUCGUGAUUCUGCUCAUCAUGUUGGAGAUCGUGCUGGGUGUAGCGACUAUGCUGGUCGAUUUGUACUUUGGUUAA